CACCCUGCUUAGAACCCCCCCAUCUGUGUUGGUCUCAGUAGUCCAGCCUCAGGUGUCAUCCGGUUGUAGAUCUCCUAUAAAAUCCUAGGAAAAUAAACAGCCAUGGCUUCAACCCCUGAGAUGGCAGAUUUUGGUGCUGCUGCCCCUUUCCUGCGGAUGUCGGAAAAGCAAAGGAUUGAAGCGCAGACCCGGCCUUUCGACAUGAAGAAGGACGUGUUUGUGCCAGACGACAAGCUGGAAUUUGUCAAGGCAAAGGUUACGUCCAGAGAGGGUGGCAAAGUCACCGCAGACACAGAGCUUGGCAAGACGGUAACUGUGAAGGAGGAGCAGAUCAUGCAGCAGAACCCGCCCAAGUUCGACAAGAUCGAGGACAUGGCCAUGUUGACCUUCCUGCACGAACCGGCUGUCCUCUACAACCUGAAGGAGCGUUAUGCGGCCUGGAUGAUCUACACCUAUUCUGGGCUCUUCUGCGUGACUGUAAACCCCUACAAGUGGUUGCCGGUCUACAACGCGGAAGUGGUGGGUGCCUACCGGGGGAAGAAGCGGAGUGAAGCCCCGCCCCACAUCUUCUCCAUCUCCGACAAUGCCUACCAGUACAUGCUGACAGACCGUGAGAACCAGUCUAUUCUGAUCACUGGAGAAUCCGGAGCAGGAAAGACGGUGAACACCAAGCGCGUCAUCCAGUACUUUGCUGUGAUUGCUGCCAUUGGCGAUCGCAGCAAGAAGGAACAAGCAGCAGCUACUGGCAAGGGGACACUGGAAGAUCAAAUCAUCCAGGCCAACCCUGCCCUAGAGGCCUUCGGUAAUGCCAAGACCCUGAGGAACGACAACUCGUCCCGAUUUGGUAAAUUCAUCCGGAUCCAUUUCGGGGCCACAGGGAAGCUGGCAUCAGCUGACAUAGAGACCUAUCUCCUUGAAAAGUCUCGAGUCAUCUUCCAGCUAAAAGCUGAGAGGAACUACCACAUCUACUACCAGAUCUUAUCCAACAAGAAGCCAGAACUCUUGGACAUGAUGCUGGUAACCAACAACCCGUAUGACUAUGCCUUCAUCUCUCAAGGAGAGACGACGGUGCCAUCUAUUGAUGAUGCAGAGGAGUUGCAAGCCACUGAUAAUGCCUUUGACGUCUUAGGCUUCACCCAGGAAGAGAAAAACUCCAUCUACAAGUUGACAGGAGCCAUCAUGCAUUUUGGAAACAUGAAAUUCAAGCAGAAACAGCGCGAGGAACAAGCAGAGCCUGAUGGCACUGAAGAAGCCGACAAGUCCGCUUACCUGAUGGGCCUGAACUCGGCAGACCUGCUCAAGGGGCUCUGCCACCCAAGGGUCAAAGUGGGGAACGAGUGGGUCACCAAAGGGCAAAAUGUUCAGCAGGUGUGCUACGCUACUGGAGCUCUGGCCAAGUCUGUGUAUGAGAAAAUGUUCAGCUGGAUGGUCACCAGGAUCAACGUCACACUGGAAACCAAGCUGCCACGGCAAUAUUUCAUUGGGGUGCUGGACAUUGCUGGUUUUGAGAUCUUCGAUUUCAACAGCUUUGAGCAGCUCUGCAUCAACUUCACCAACGAGAAGCUCCAGCAGUUCUUCAACCACCACAUGUUCGUGCUGGAGCAGGAAGAGUACAAGAAGGAGGGGAUCGAGUGGGUCUUCAUCGACUUCGGCAUGGACCUGCAGGCCUGCAUCGACCUCAUCGAGAAGCCAAUGGGCAUCAUGUCCAUCCUGGAAGAGGAGUGCAUGUUCCCGAAAGCCUCCGACAUGACCUUCAAGGCCAAGCUGUAUGACAACCACUUGGGCAAGUCGGCCAACUUCGGGAAGCCCCGGAACAUCAAGGGGAAGCCGGAGGCCCACUUCUCCCUCAUGCAUUAUGCCGGCACCGUCGACUACAACAUCAUCGGCUGGCUGCAGAAGAACAAGGACCCCCUCAAUGAGACGGUGGUGGGGCUCUACCAGAAAUCGGCCCUCAAGCUCUUGGCCAGCCUUUUUGCCAACUACGCUGGAGCAGAUGCGCCUAUUGAGACCGGCAAAGGAAAAGGGACUCAUAAGAAGAAGGGAUCGUCGUUCCAGACUGUAUCUGCUUUGCACAGGGAGAACCUCAACAAGCUGAUGACCAACCUGCGCUCCACCCACCCUCAUUUUGUGCGCUGCAUCAUCCCCAAUGAGACCAAGACUCCAGGUAUGAUGGACAACCCCUUAGUCAUGCAUCAGCUACGCUGUAAUGGGGUGCUGGAGGGGAUCCGUAUCUGCAGGAAGGGAUUCCCUAACCGGAUCCUCUACGGGGACUUCCGGCAAAGAUACCGCAUCCUGAACCCAUCCGCCAUCCCCGAAGGCCAGUUCAUUGACAGCAGGAAGGGGGCCGAGAAGCUGUUGGGCUCCCUCGAUAUCGACCACAGCCAGUACAAAUUUGGACAUACUAAGGUGUUUUUCAAGGCUGGUCUGCUGGGUCUGCUGGAAGAGAUGAGGGAUGAGCGCCUCUCUCGCAUCAUCACCCGCAUCCAGGCCCAGUCCCGUGGUGUCCUUGCCAGGAUAGAAUUCAGGAAAAUCAUGGAACGGAAGGAAUCGCUGCUGGUAAUCCAGUAUAACAUCCGUGCUUUCAUGGUGGUGAAGAACUGGCCUUGGAUGAGGCUCUACUUCAAGAUCAAGCCACUGCUGAAGAGCGCGGAGUCAGAGAAGGAGAUGUUGGCCAUGAAGGAGGAGUUUGGGAAGCUGAAGGAGGCUUUGGAGAAGUCAGAGGCACGCCGGAAGGAGCUAGAGGAGAAGAUGGUCUCUCUGCUCCAGGAGAAGAAUGACCUCCAGCUACAAGUGCAGGCAGAGCAAGAUAAUCUUGCCGAUGCGGAAGAGCGCUGCGACCAGCUGAUCAAGAACAAAAUCCAGCAGGAGGCCAAAGCGAAGGAGCUGACGGAGCGUCUGGAAGACGAGGAGGAGAUGAACGCCGAACUCACGGCCAAGAAGCGGAAGCUGGAGGACGAAUGUUCGGAGCUCAAGAAGGACAUUGACGACCUGGAGCUGACCCUGGCUAAAGUGGAGAAGGAGAAGCACGCAACGGAGAAUAAGGUUAAGAAUCUGACAGAGGAGAUGGCUGGCCUGGAUGAGAUCAUUGCCAAGCUAACCAAAGAGAAGAAGGCUCUUCAGGAAGCACACCAGCAAGCCUUGGAUGACCUACAAGCUGAGGAAGAUAAGGUCAACACCCUUACUAAAGCCAAGGUCAAGCUGGAGCAACAGGUGGACGAUCUGGAAGGCUCUCUGGAGCAGGAGAAGAAGAUCCGGAUGGACCUGGAACGAGCUAAGAGGAAGUUGGAAGGGGACUUGAAGCUGGCCCAGGAGAGCAUCAUGGAUUUGGAGAAUGACAAGCAACAGCUGGAAGAGAAGCUGAAGAAGAAGGACUUUGAGCUCAAUGCACUGAACGCUAGGAUUGAAGAUGAGCAAAACUUGUCCAUCCAGCUGCAGAAGAAGCUCAAAGAGUUACAGGCACGGAUAGAGGAGCUGGAAGAGGAGCUGGAGGCCGAGCGCACCGCCCGGGCCAAGGUGGAGAAGCAGCGCUCCGAACUUUCGCGGGAGCUGGAGGAGAUCAGCGAGCGGCUGGAGGAGGCGGGCGGGGCCACCUCCGUGCAGAUCGAGCUGAACAAGAAGCGGGAGGCCGAGUUCCAGAAGAUGCGGCGCGACCUGGAGGAGGCCACGCUGCAGCACGAGGCCACGGCGGCCACCCUGCGCAAGAAGCACGCCGACUCCACGGCGGAGCUGGGCGAGCAGAUCGACAACCUGCAGCGCGUGAAGCAGAAGCUGGAGAAGGAGAAGAGCGAGCUGAAGCUGGAGGUGGACGACAUGGCCUCCAACAUGGAGCAGCUGAUGAAAGCCAAGGCCAACCUGGAGAAAAUGUGCCGCACCUUUGAAGAUCAAAUGAAUGAGUAUCGGGCCAAGUCCGAAGAGACUCAGCGAAUGGUCCACGACCUCACCACGCAGCGAGCCAAGCUCCAGACAGAGAAUGGGGAAUUAUCCCGCCAGCUGGAUGAGAAGGAAGCUUUUAUUAACCAGCUCACACGAGGGAAGUUGACGUACACCCAACAACUGGAAGAUCUGAAGAGGCAACUGGAGGAGGAAGCUAAGGCCAAGAACGCUCUGGCACAUGCACUCCAGUCGGCCCGCCACGACUGUGACCUGCUGAGGGAACAGUAUGAGGAAGAGACGGAGGCCAAAGCGGAGCUUCAGCGCAACCUCUCCAAAGCCAACUCUGAGGUGGCGCAGUGGAGGACCAAGUACGAGACUGACGCCAUCCAGAGGACUGAGGAACUGGAGGAGGCCAAGAAGAAGUUGGCGCAGCGGCUGCAGGAUGCUGAGGAGGCGGUGGAGGCCGUGAACGCCAAGUGCUCCUCGCUGGAGAAGACCAAGCACCGCCUGCAGAAUGAGAUCGAGGACCUCAUGGUGGAUGUGGAGCGCUCCAACGCGGCCGCAGCUGCCCUGGACAAGAAGCAGAGGAACUUUGACAAGCUCCUGUCUGAGUGGAAACAGAAGUUUGAGGAAUCCCAGACAGAGCUGGAGGCGUCCCAAAAGGAGGCACGUUCACUCAGCACUGAGCUCUUCAAGCUGAAGAACGCCUACGAGGAGUCACUGGAGCAUCUGGAGACCUUCAAGAGGGAGAACAAGAACUUGCAAGAGGAGAUUUCCGACCUCACCGAGCAGCUUGGAGCCAGUGGCAAGAGCAUCCAUGAGCUUGAGAAAUUGCGGAAGCAGCUUGAUGCGGAGAAGUUGGAGUUGCAGGCCGCUCUGGAGGAGGCUGAGGCCUCUCUGGAGCACGAGGAAGGCAAGAUCCUCCGGGCUCAGCUGGAGUUCAACCAGAUCAAGGCCGAGAUUGAGCGCAAGCUGGCCGAGAAGGACGAGGAGAUGGAGCAAGCCAAGCGGAACCACCUGAGGAUGGUGGACUCGCUUCAGGCGUCCCUGGAUGCUGAGACCCGCAGCCGCAACGAGGCGCUGAGGGUCAAGAAGAAGAUGGAGGGUGACCUCAACGAGAUGGAGAUCCAGCUUAGCCAUGCCAACCGCAUAGCAGCUGAGGCUCAGAAGCAAGUCAAAACUUUACAGGGAUACCUCAAGGACACCCAGAUACAACUGGAUGAUGUUGUCCGAGCCAAUGAGGACCUGAAGGAGAACAUUGCCAUUGUAGAGCGGAGGAACAACUUGUUGCAGGCGGAGCUGGAGGAGUUGCGCGCUGUGGUGGAGCAGACCGAACGGGCCCGUAAGUUGGCGGAACAGGAACUGAUAGAAGCCAGCGAAAGAGUCCAGCUUCUCCACACACAAAACACCAGCCUCAUUAACCAGAAGAAGAAGAUGGAAUCUGACCUGGCCCAGCUGCAGACAGAGGUGGAGGAGGCCAUUCAGGAGUGCCGAAACGCUGAGGAGAAAGCGAAGAAAGCCAUCACUGAUGCGGCCAUGAUGGCGGAAGAGCUGAAGAAGGAGCAGGACACCAGCGCGCACCUGGAGAGGAUGAAGAAGAACAUGGAGCAGACCAUCAAGGACCUGCAGCUGCGGCUGGACGAGGCGGAGCAGCUGGCCUUGAAGGGCGGCAAGAAGCAGCUCCAGAAGCUGGAGGCCCGAGUGCGAGAGCUGGAGAACGAGCUGGAGGCGGAGCAGAAGCGCAACGCCGAGAAUGUCAAGGGCAUGCGCAAGUGCGAGCGGCGCAUCAAGGAGCUCACCUACCAGACUGAGGAGGAUCGAAAGAACCUUAUCCGCCUCCAAGACCUGGUGGAUAAACUCCAGCUGAAGGUGAAGGCUUACAAGAGGCAGGCUGAGGAAGCGGAGGAACAGGCCAACAGUAACCUGGCUAAGUUCCGGAAGGUUCAGCACGAGCUGGAUGAAGCCGAGGAGCGGGCAGACAUUGCCGAGUCUCAAGUCAACAAGUUAAGGGCCAAGAGCCGUGAUAUUGGGGUGAAGAAAGGUCUGAACGAGGAGUAACUCCUUCUGGAGAUCAAAUGCCCCGUCUUCACAUUACACACAUGCAGCCCACUCCACUCCUGAAAGGCAGUGGAGGGACCUUUCCCCACCUCCUGUGCUCUGUAUAUCAGCACCACUCCCAAAAUGUAGAAUAAAGGCGAUCAAACAGC